CUUACAAGACUCUAUAACCAGUUGGGAGAAACCGAAAGACUGUCUACGGAAACUAUACAAUGCCGCUUAGAGCGUUGUGUUGUAGCGUUCCGCAAAUACGGCGAUUAUUGCGGCCGAAUUCUGGCAACUAACCCGGCUGAUGAAGAGGACUCAGUUAGAUGAACGUACAGCACGCGAAUACCAACUGGAUCGGGACAACACAAUGGACCCCACUGUGGACCAGCUUCUAGCGUUCCUUGAAAAAAGAGCGCUCGCUAUGGAGAAUGCUGGACAAUCCGCAGCCAAGUUGUUUACCACCAAAGUAGUCAACGCAGUGACCGCUAAGGAGAAGCGAGAAUGUUACUUCUGUAAGUCAGUUGAACAUAAGAUUUAUAACUGCAAAAAUUUCAAACUUCUGCCUUCAGCGGAGAGAAUAUCUUUUGCACAAAAAAAUGAGCUGUGCAAUAUAUGUUUGAACAAACAUCCAGGCAAGUGUAGGUUCUAUUUUCGAUGUAGUACAUGCAAAAAAGGGCAUCAUUCAUUGCUGCAUCGCGAGGAAGAAAAGGCUGAAGCCGUUAUUAUGUUGUCUGGCAAUAAUGAUAAUAAUGUUCUGAUUCCCACAGCUCGCAUAAAGGUCUUCAGCAGUGAUGGCAGGGAGGUGCGCAUAAAGGCCAUACUGGACUCCGCCUCUCAAGCUUCACUUAUCACUACUAAGGCAUUGAAGGUUUUAGGUUUGACUCCUAAGCGAGACAGUACUAAUAUUAUAGGGGUCACGAAUAACAAAAACCAAGUUCAUUAUUCUGUACCAAUAGAAGUUCACUCGAUGAAAACCCCAUUCAAGGUUUCCAUGAAUUGUCAUGUAGUGGACACGAUAACAUGCAAAUUGCCACAGACCCCGAUAGACCCAUCCACAGUAGUUGUUCCAAAAAAUAUUCAGCUGGCCGAUGAUGAGUUUUAUAAACCAUCUGAGAUUAAUAUGCUAAUUGGAGCCAGUGUAUUUUUUCAGGCACUGCUACCGGCGACGACCAACUCUACGUGCGCGACGCGCCGCCAGCCUCCAGUCGACCCGGCCAGCCAGAGUAAAGGAACGCCACAGAUUAUCAACACUAAAUUUGGUCACAUUAUCGCGGGUGGUCUGCCACCUCAACAUGAGGUAACGAAAAUUGUUUCACUUUUAUGUACAUGUGAAUCUGACAUUGCUACUACCAUAACUAAGUUCUGGGAUACCGAAAAGGUUCCAGAAGCAUUCCUAGAAAAGGAUGCUGAGCAUGACAUAGUCGAGAAUAACUUUAAGGCCACAGUUCAACUUUCGAAUCAUAGAUUUCAAGUGGAUUUGCCACUAAAGGUUCCCCUAAACGAGGUCAAUGCGACAUUAGGUGAAUCGUUUGAUCUUGCACUAUAUAGAUUUUUAAACCUUGAGAAAAAAUUACAUAAAAAUAUAAAUUUAUUGACAGAUUAUAAAAAUUUCAUACAUCAAUAUGUUGACAUGGGCCAUGCUCACUUUGUAGACUUUCAGUCUUUUAAUUUUGACUCGGACGCUAUAUAUUUUUUGCCCCAUCAUGCGGUGCUUAACGAGGCGAGCAAAACCACGCGUACACGUGUAGUUUUCGAUGGUUCUAUGAAGACAAAAAAUAAAGUUUCACUCAAUGACAUUUUACUCAAUGGUCCUAUAGUGCAAAGAGAUCUUUUCGAAAUUAUUACUUUAUAUAGGCUUGGCGACUACACGUUCAAUAGCGAUAUUAAAAAAAUGUUUAGGAAUGUUAUGGUCAAUCCAGAAUACACUACGCUGCAAAAUAUUUUGUGGCGCGAUAGGCUUGAUGAGCCAAUUCGGUGCAUUCGCUUAGAUACUGUCACGUACGGCUUAAAAUGCUCAAGUUACCUGGCAACCAGAUGUCUGCUCGAGCUUGCAAACAUGCAUCAAGCUGACUUACCGUUAGCUUCCUUCAUUAUAAAGAAUUGUGUUUAUGUUGAUGAUGUUUUAUAUUCGGAUAACGAUUUAACGGCUUUACAUGAGGCGAAACAGCAGCUAAAACGUUUGUUAAGCUUGGGUGGCUUCCAAAUGCAUAAAUGGUCGUCUAACUGCGAUGAGAUAUUAGUUGAUAUUCCUUUCAAUGAGAGACAGUUAGAUGAAAUUGAAGUUCAAAAAGAAAACAGCAGUAUCAAGGCCCUAGGAAUGACAAUUGACGCAAAGAAAGAUUGUUUUGUCAUUAAAUGCCCAAAUAACUUUUCAUUAAAUUCUAUAUCAAAACGACAGAUAUUGAGUGACAUUGCCAAAUUAUACGAUCCUCUAGGCUUUGUCAGUCCGAUUAUAGUAAAGGCUAAGGUGAUCAUGCAGAGACUGUGGUGCGAGAAAGUGGACUGGGAUGCUUGUCCACCACCGCAGGUAAGAGAGGAAUGGACUGAUUUUGCUACCAGCUUAGCGCAAAUGGAACCUAUAUAUUUGCAAAGAAACAUUCAGGUCCCUGACGACGCCGAAGCAGUACAGAUCGUCGGCUUCGCCGACGCUUCCAGCUCCACAGGCUACGGGGCUUGCUUAUAUCUGCGCGUAAUAGAUAAAGCAGGUAAAGUGACUGUCUCUUUACUCUGUUCGAAGUCUAGAAUCAAUCCGCGUAAGAAGUCUUUAACGGUUCCUAGGCUUGAAUUAAACGCUAUGCUGCUAUUAGCAAAACUUACAGCCAAAAUGUAUGACACUCUCAAAAUUAAAAUUAAAAUUGAUGAUGUUAUUUUAUUUUCUGAUUCACAAAUAGCUUUAGCAUGGGCUCACACAGAAAUUACUAAAUUGCAAGCAUAUGUGGCGAACAGAGUAAAAGUAGUACAGCAGUUGACCAAUAGAUGGCACUGGGGAUACGUCAGCACCCAUGAGAAUCCCGCAGAUUACAUAAGUCGAGGGCUGGGUCCACCAGAACUUCAUUCCUGCUCUAUGUGGUGGGACGGGCCUGAGUUCCUGCAUAAAAGGGAGUAUACAUUUGGUCAAAACAUACUGAAAGAAAACGCGGACAAUCUACCCGAGAUGAAGACAGCUCCUGUUGCAUCCACGUCCGCUGGUGUUAUAUUACUCACUCUGAAACAAAAAGAAAUCUCACAUAUGUUAGAAAAAUAUUCUGAUAUCAAUAAAAUGACACGAGUUUUGGCGUACAUUUUACGUUUUUGUCAUAACAGCAAACCUAACAAUAUUAAAAUACAAACUAGUUAUUUACAUAGUAAAGAACUCGAGCGAUCUUUAUCUUUAUUGAUUAAGCAUGAACAAAAAUAUUACUUCAGUAAGGAAUUAAGCUUACUGCGAACAGGUGAGAAUAUUAAGGGCCCUCUGAAACCUUUGCAUCCAUUUAUUGAUGACCAAGGUUUGUUACGUGUUGGGGGAAGGUUGCAAAAUGCUUCUAUUUCGUAUAAUCAAAAGCAUCCUAUGAUCCUUCCGAAGGGUUCCAAGCUAACCGACCUUAUUAUUUCGCGAGAGCACCUCAGACUCCUUCAUGCUGGUCCCAAGUUAUUGCUGGUGUUAUAUUACUCACUCUGAAACAAAAAGAAAUCUCACAUAUGUUAGAAAAAUAUUCUGAUAUCAAUAAAAUGACACGAGUUUUGGCGUACAUUUUACGUUUUUGUCAUAACAGCAAACCUAACAAUAUUAAAAUACAAACUAGUUAUUUACAUAGUAAAGAACUCGAGCGAUCUUUAUCUUUAUUGAUUAAGCAUGAACAAAAAUAUUACUUCAGUAAGGAAUUAAGCUUACUGCGAACAGGUGAGAAUAUUAAGGGCCCUCUGAAACCUUUGCAUCCAUUUAUUGAUGACCAAGGUUUGUUACGUGUUGGGGGAAGGUUGCAAAAUGCUUCUAUUUCGUAUAAUCAAAAGCAUCCUAUGAUCCUUCCGAAGGGUUCCAAGCUAACCGACCUUAUUAUUUCGCGAGAGCACCUCAGACUCCUUCAUGCUGGUCCCAAGUUAUUAUUAUCUCAGUUAAACCAGAAAUAUUGGCUUUUGAAUGGUUUACGUCAAGUUAAAAAGAUUACUCACAAAUGUUUAAACUGUUUCAGAAUGAAGGCGACUUGUGCAAAGCAGCUGAUGGGGUCUCUCCCUACACAUCGUGUGACGCCCUCCAGAGCUUUCCAAGUUGUCGGUAUAGAUUAUGCUGGGCCGAUACAGAUAAAAAACUCGAGAAUUAGAAGAGCGUUACUAACUAAAGGUUACAUUUGUAUAUUUGUCUGCUUUAAUACCAAGGCGAUUCACAUCGAACUUGCCUCCGACUUGUCUACCGAAACGUUUUUAGCCUGCUUUAAAAGGUUUAUCUCGCGACGCGGAAUGCCCACCAACAUCUAUUGCGACAACGGAGGUGCCUUUAAGGGAGCAGCCAACCAUCUAGUUGAUUUGUACAGACUGAACAGCUCCAAAGAUCAUCAAACGCAGGUGCAAAAUUUUUCUAAUCGGCUUGGAAUUAAGUUUAAUUUUACACCAAGUUAUUCGCCUGUGUUUGCUGGUCUGGCCGAGGCUGCAGUUAAAAGUAUGAAAUUUCAUUUGAAACGGGUCUUACAGAAGAUUGUACUUACAUAUGAACAAUUGAAUACGGUUUUGUGCCAAAUAGAGGCGAUUUUAAAUUCUAGACCCUUGAUGUCCGUUUCUACAGACAUUACAGAUUUCAGCUACCUCACUCCAGGUCACUUCUUAGUGGGAGCUCCGCUCACUAGCUUCCCUGAACCAGAUAUCUCAGAAACGCCAGUUAAUAGACUUAGGUUUUGGCGGUUAGUUGAGAGUAUGAAACAGUCAUUUUGGAAAACUUGGCAUAGGCAAUACUUAAAUAUUUUACAAGCGAGACCGAAAUGGCGCGAUACCUUACCAGAUAUUAGUGUAGGUAAGAUGGUAUUAUUGAAGGAACCAAAUUCACCUCCUCUUUAUUGGCCGUUAGCUAGAAUCUCUAAGGUUUUCCCAGGUGGGGAUGGUAAAGUACGAGCCUUUGACGUUACUGCCCCUAAUGGUAAAGUUUAUAGAAGGUCACUGUCAGGUGUAAGUUUGUUACCUUUUGAUAAUAAUUAAUGUGUUAUUAUUUUAAUGUUGAGAUAAAAAUAUGUCAAGUUCUGUUAAUUAAUUUAAUUUAAUACAUUGUUUCACACAAAAGCUUUUCAAUUUAAAUGUUAAAAGUCAAUUUAUAUAGAGUGUUAAACUUCUGAAAUAUGUGUUAUUGUAUUUUAUUUAUAAGGUCACAGAACAUCCGAAUGUAGCUAUAUAUAUGUCAAGGUAUAAAGAUUCCUCAAUGUAUUUUUUGAGCUAACCUUUGUAUUCUUAAUAUGAUGUACUGAUUAGAGGCUAACUUUGCAUUCCUCAUUUUGUGUCUAAAGUUAAUUCUUAAAUGUUAAAUUUUAUCAUGAUUAUAAAGAUUGUCUUUAUCCCAUAAAGAAAUGAUGAGUGUAAGUUAUUACAUUAAUUUAGUAUUGUAUAACUUUCUUGAAAAUAUAUCAUUUCUGAGGCCGCAGCAUGUUGGAAACCCAACAAAAUUGGUAUAAAACCUUUUUUAUUGUUGUGGUUGUGGUUUUUGACAUUACAUUUGAAUUUUACAUUUUGGAAUGUCUUAGUUUUGUAAUUCUCUUUCAUCCGUGCUAUUGUACGCGAUUUAUAAAAUUUCUAAAAUAUACAAAUUUUAUACGUGCAA